GUGUUCCUACAGCAUGGACAAGACAAGGACCUCUAGCGUCAAGGGAACUCGCUGGAUCCCCCAUGUCCACAGAGCUCUCAGUGUUCCUACAGCAUGGGCAAGACAAGGACCUCUAGCGUCAAGGGAACUCGCUGGAUCCCCCAUGUCCACAGAGCUCUCAGUGUUCCUACGGCAUGGACAAGACAAGGACCUCUAGCGUCAAGGGAACUCGCUGGAUCCCCCAUGUCCACAGAGCCCUUAGUGUUCCUACAGCAUGGACAAGACAAGGACCUCUAGCGUCAAGGGAACUCGCUGGAUCCCCCAUGUCCACAGAGCUCUCAGUGUUCCUAUGGCAUGGACAAGAUAAGGACCUCUAGCGUCAAGGAAACUCUCUGGAUCCCCCAUGUCCACAGAGCCCCUUAGUGUUCCUACAGCAUGGACAAGACAAGGACCUCUAGCGUCAAGGGAACUCUCUGGAUCCCCCAUGUCCACAGAGCCCUUAGUGUUCCUACGGCAUGGACAAGACAAGGACCUCUAGCGUCAAGGGAACUCUCUGGAUCCCCCAUGUCCACAGAGCCCUUAGUGUUCCUACAGCAUGGACAAGACAAGGACCUCUAGUGUCAAGGGAACUCUCUGGAUUCCCCAUGUCCACAGAGCCCUUAGUGUUCCUACAGCAUGGACAAGACAAGGACCUCUAGCGUCAAGGGAACUCUCUGGAUCCCCCAUGUCCACAGAGCCCUUAGUGUUCCUACGGCAUGGACAAGACAAGGACCUCUAGCGUCAAGGGAACUCUCUGGAUCCCCCAUGUCCACAGAGCCCUUAGUGUUCCUACAGCAUGGACAAGACAAGGACCUCUAGCGUCAAGGGAACUCUCUGGAUCCCCCAUGUCCACAGAGCCCUUAGUGUUCCUACAGCAUGGACAAGACAAGGACCUCUAGCGUCAAGGGAACUCGCUGGAUCCCCCAUGUCCACAGAGCUCUCAGUGUUCCUAUGGCAUGGACAAGACAAGGACCUCUAGCGUCAAGGGAACUCGCUGGAUCCCCCAUGUCCACAGAGCUCUCAGUGUUCCUACAGCAUGGACAAGACAAGGACCUCUAGCGUCAAGGGAACUCGCUGGAUCCCCCAUGUCCACAGAGCUCUCAGUGUUCCUACAGCAUGGACAAGACAAGGACCUCUAGCGUCAAGGGAACUCGCUGGAUCCCCCAUGUCCACAGAGCUCUCAGUGUUCCUAUGGCAUGGACAAGACAAGGACCUCUAGCGUCAAGGGAACUCGCUGGAUCCCCCAUGUCCACAGAGCUCUCAGUGUUCCUACAGCAUGGACAAGACAAGGACCUCUAGCGUCAAGGGAACUCGCUGGAUCCCCCAUGUCCACAGAGCUCUCAGUGUUCCUACAGCAUGGACAAGACAAGGACCUCUAGCGUCAAGGGAACUCGCUGGAUCCCCCAUGUCCACAGAGCUCUCAGUGUUCCUACGGCAUGGACAAGACAAGGACCUCUAGCGUCAAGGGAACUCGCUGGAUCCCCCAUGUCCACAGAGCUCUCAGUGUUCCUAUGGCAUGGACAAGACAAGGACCUCUAGCGUCAAGGGAACUCGCUGGAUCCCCCAUGUCCACAGAGCUCUCAGUGUUCCUACAGCAUGGACAAGACAAGGACCUCUAGCGUCAAGGGAACUCGCUGGAUCCCCCAUGUCCACAGAGCUCUCAGUGUUCCUACGGCAUGGACAAGACAAGGACCUCUAGCGUCAAGGGAACUCGCUGGAUCCCCCAUGUCCACAGAGCUCUCAGUGUUCCUAUGGCAUGGACAAGACAAGGACCUCUAGCGUCAAGGGAACUCGCUGGAUCCCCCAUGUCCACAGAGCUCUCAGUGUUCCUAUGGCAUGGACAAGACAAGGACCUCUAGCAUCAAGGGAACUCGCUGGAUCCCCCAUGUCCACAGAGCUCUCAGUGUUCCUACGGCAUGGACAAGACAAGGACCUCUAGCGUCAAGGGAACUCGCUGGAUCCCCCAUGUCCACAGAGCUCUCAGUGUUCCUAUGGCAUGGACAAGACAAGGACCUCUAGCGUCAAGGGAACUCGCUGGAUCCCCCAUGUCCACAGAGCUCUCAGUGUUCCUACAGCAUGGACAAGACAAGGACCUUGCCACUGACGAAGGCCAGUACUCCGUUGUUCUGCAGCACAUGGAACACCUGGCCGUAGCAUCAACAACAGAAGUUCAAGGAAGGGUAAAGAAGGUCACAUUUACACAGGAAAUGUAAUACCAUACUAGUUUUUUUUAAAUAGGUUCAAGACUCAAAUGAACUUUCAGAAUCAAGUAAUUGACAGGUGACCGUUUAUUUACUCACUACUUAACUAAUAAAGUGGGAAAUGGUGAAUGCACUCUUUUGUGUAUUCUGCCAUUUUGUUUCAGACAUGUUUGAGCAGCUAUCUUCACUUAGCCUCACCCUGCAAAGGAAUGACCUGACCCUCCCCCAAGCCACAUCAGAGUUGAGGAAGACAGUGACCAGACUGGAAGCACUAAAUCUUCAGACCAUGCUUGCUCAGCAGCAGGGUGAUGAGAGGAGAUUCCAGGGAAUAACACUGAAUGUGAAUCUGAAAGGCUUCAUGGACCUCACCAGUCCCCAGCUGAAGCGGCACAUGAAGGCGGCCAUCAACAUGGGCGUGGAUGAUCUCAAAGCCAGGUUUGGUGGUUUGCUGAAGGAUGAGGGUGUCCAGACCCCAGUGGAGUCUUUCAGAGUGCUAAACCCUGACACCUGGCCAGAAGACCAGGCCAGCCUUCUCACCUUUGGCAAUGAUGGUGUGGCAGACCUGAUGAGGCAUUUCAAGGAGCCAAUAGAGAGAUCGGGGUGCAACAUGGCUGCAAUCCAGGAUGAGUGGCAGGGGCUGAAAAUCCUGGUCAGCCACAAAUUCAAGGACAAGUCCUACAGUGGCCUGUGGGAGACCAUGUUGACAAAGGACCCCUACAGGCACGAUUACAAGAACAUACUGGAGUUGGUGCAGCUUAUGCUGGUGCUGCCCAUUUCAGCCGCCCAGUGUGAGCGAGACUUCUCUGCGCAGAACUGGAUUACGAAUUCGACAAGAAGCUGCCUUGGGGUCUCCACCACCGAAGAUGAGGAUCAGCCUGGAGGGGUCUUCUGUUGAGGAGUUCUAUCCCACUCCUGCCGUGGACUGCUGGCUGACCUCUAAGCGUGCCAGACGGCCAACAUACAAAAUCAGCUGGAUAACUGAUAUCCUUUGUGUCUAGUAGGCUUGGGUCAAUAUGUGAUUUUGGUGGUAUGUGCUGUUCCAAAGAUGUGUGUCCCUUAGUACACGCACACACGCAGUAUAAAUAUAUAUGUAAUAAAUAGUUUGUUAAUAAACUCUGUUACAUUUUU